AUGGCCGCUGAGCGCGGGGGCUGCGGGCCCUUGGACGCGGUGCCGCUGCCGCCCGAGGUGCGCGAGAGCCUGGCGGAGCUGGAGCUGGAGCUGUCGGAAGGAGACAUCACUCAGAAAGGAUAUGAGAAGAAAAGGGCAAAGCUGUUAGCACGGUACAUACCACUCAUUCAAGGGGUGGAUCCAUCUCUGCAAGCAGAGAACCGAGUCCCAGGCUCUUCACAAGCUACAGCUGCUGUGUCCAAGCAGCAGAAGUCCCGUUCCACCAACUCGAGGGAUGAGCGCUUUCGAUCUGACGUCCACACUGAAGCAGUACAAGCAGCGCUGGCCAAGUACAAAGAGAGGAAAAUGCCCAUGCCUUCGAAAAGACGAUCUGUUCUCGUGCACUCUUCAGUAGAAACGUACACCCCUCCAGACACAUCGUCCGCAUCGGAAGAUGAGGGCUCCUUACGUCGGCAAGGGCGGAUCACCUCCACUCCGUUCCAGAGCCAUUCCAACGUAGAGCCCUGGCUUAACCGGGUCAUUCAGGGCUCCUCCACCUCAUCCUCUGCAUCCUCCACCUCAUCUCAUCCAGGAGGGAAACCCGCCGCUGCUUCCAAUACUGCUACUGCCACCGCUGCUGCCACUGUGCUUGCAGAUCUCAUGGCACACACCCAGCUAGAAAACCACUCUGCACCUCCUGACGUAACCACGGGCCUGGUGGAACACUUGCAUCAUGAGCGUCCCCAAGUAGCUUCAGUCCGGGGAGUUCCCAGAGGCUACAACAGCAGCAUUUUGGAAACUGCUGAUGGUGUCCCGGUGAAUAGCAGAGUGUCCUCUAAGAUCCAGCAGCUUCUAAAUACCUUGAAAAGACCAAAACGCCCACCCUUGAAAGAGUUUUUUGUUGAUGAUUUUGAAGAACUGCUAGAAGUGCAACAGCCUGAUCCGAAUCAACCAAAGCCCGAGGGAAAUCAAAUGAAUGUCCUUAAAGGUGAACCCCUAGGGGUGGUAACCAACUGGCCCCCUUCUCUGCUGGCUGCCCUGCAGCGCUGGGGAACUACCCAGCCGAAAGCUCCGUGUCUGACUGCACUGGACACCACUGGCAAAGCUAUUUAUACGCUCACCUAUGGCAAGUUAUGGAGUCGAAGCUUGAAGUUGGCAUAUACCCUGCUAAACAAACUGACUGCUAAGAAUGAACCACUGCUCAAGCCUGGGGACCGGGUGGCUCUUGUAUUUCCUAAUAGUGACCCGGUGAUGUUCAUGGUGGCAUUCUAUGGAUGUCUCCUAGCAGAACUUAUUCCUGUCCCAAUAGAAGUUCCUCUAACAAGAAAGGAUGCUGGCAGCCAACAGAUUGGUUUUCUUUUGGGCAGCUGUGGAGUAACAUUAGCUUUAACCACUGAUGCUUGUCAAAAAGGCCUUCCUAAAGCUCAGACUGGAGAGGUAGUUACAUUCAAAGGUUGGCCACGUCUCGUUUGGUUUGUAAUUGAUGGGAAGCAUCUGGCUAAGCCGACUAAAGACUGGCAUCCACAAGUCCGGGAUGCCAGUGCUGAUAUUGCUUAUAUCGAAUACAAGACAAGUAAAGAGGGCAGCACGGUGGGCAUUACUGUAUCUCAUGCCUCCAUGCUGGCACACUGUCAUGCAUUGACUCAGGCCUGUGGCUAUUCAGAAGCUGAAACGCUAACAAAUGUCCUGGAUUUCAAAAGAGAUGCUGGUCUUUGGCAUGGAGUACUAACAAGCGUUAUGAACAGAAUGCAUGUCAUCAGCAUUCCCUAUGCAUUAAUGAAGGUUAAUCCACUUUCAUGGAUACAGAAAGUCUGCUCGUACAAAGCCCGUGUAGCAGUAGUAAAAUCACGAGAUAUGCAUUGGUCACUUUUAGCUCAGAGGGAUCAAAGAGAUGUCAGUCUGAGCUCUUUACGAAUGUUAAUAGUAGCAGAUGGAGCCAAUCCAUGGUCUAUAUCUUCAUGUGAUGCGUUCCUCAAUGUAUUUCAGUCCAGAGGUUUGAGACCAGAAGUAAUCUGUCCCUGUGCUAGUUCCUCAGAGGCUCUAACUGUCGCUAUCCGCAGACCUCCAGAACUGGGUGGACCCCCUCCGGGAAAAGCAGUGUUGUCUAUGAAUUGUUUGAGUUUCAGUGUGAUAAGAGUGGAUACAGAAGAGAAGUUGUCAGUGCUAACUGUGCAGGAUGUUGGUCAGAUUAUGCCUGGAGCAAACGUUUGUGUUGUGAAGGUGGAUGGAACUCCUUAUCUGUGCAAAGCUGAUGAGGUUGGAGAAAUCUGUGUGAAUUCAGGUGCGACCGGCAUGGCGUAUUUUGGCCUCCUCGGAAUCACUAAGAAUGUCUUUGAGGCAAUUCCAGUGACAGCAGCCGGUGUGCCUGUUUCAGAUCAACCUUUUACAAGAACAGGAUUGCUAGGCUUUGUUGGUCCAGACUACUUAGUGUUUGUGGUGGGAAAAUUGGAUGGCCUGAUGACCGUGAGCGGCCGCAGGCACAAUGCAGACGAUGUGGUGGCCACUGCGUUGGCAGUAGAACCAAUGAAGUUUGUCUACCGAGGAAGGAUAGCAGUGUUUUCUGUGACCGUUUUGCAUGAUGAUCGAAUAGUGCUUGUGGCAGAGCAGCGCCCUGAUGCGUCAGAGGAGGAUAGUUUUCAGUGGAUGAGCAGGGUGCUACAGGCAAUUGAUAGCAUUCACCAAGUGGGCGUCUACUGUCUUGCCUUGGUGCCAGCCAACACUUUGCCAAAGGCUCCACUUGGAGGAAUUCAUAUUUCAGAAACCAAGCAGCGGUUUUUAGAGGGUGCCCUGCACCCUUGCAAUGUCUUAAUGUGUCCGCAUACUUGUGUAACUAACCUGCCCAAGCCUCGGCAGAAACAGCCAGAUGUUGGUCCUGCUUCAAUGAUAGUAGGAAACCUCGUUGCAGGAAAGAGAAUUGCACAGGCCUCAGGGAGAGAUGUUACCCAGUUGGAAGAUAAUGACCAAGCAAGAAAGUUCCUGUAUUUAGCAGACGUCCUUCAGUGGCGAGCCCAGACAACUCCGGACCAUCCUCUCUUCCUGUUGUUAAAUUCCAAGGGCACUGUAGCUAGCACUGCCUCUUGCAUACAGCUGCACAAGAGAGCAGAGAGAGUGGCCGUUGCACUGAUGGAGAAAGGACGACUGAAUGUUGGUGACCACGUAGCCCUGGUUUAUCCUCCAGGAGUAGACCUAAUAGCAACUUUCUAUGGUUGCUUAUAUGCUGGAUGUAUUCCUAUCACCGUUCGCCCUCCUCAUCCACAGAAUCUUGCUACUACUCUGCCCACUGUCAAAAUGAUUGUAGAGGUCAGUAAAUCUGCAUGUAUACUCACCACACAAGCAAUAAUGAAACUGCUGAAGUCUAAGGAAGCUGCAACAGCUGUAGAUAUUAAAACGUGGCCCACUAUUCUGGAUACAGAUGAUAUGCCCAAAAAGAAGCUGGCUAAUAUUUUUAGACCUCCAUCUCCAGAUACGUUGGCAUACUUGGACUUCAGUGUGUCUACUACUGGCAUAUUAGCAGGAGUAAAGAUGUCACACGCAGCUACAAGUGCCUUAUGUCGCUCGAUAAAACUGCAGUGCGAGCUCUACCCUUCACGUCAAAUCGCCAUCUGCCUUGACCCUUACUGUGGCUUGGGCUUUGCACUGUGGUGCCUGUGCAGCGUGUAUUCAGGUCAUCAGUCUAUUCUAGUCCCCCCUCUUGAGCUGGAGAGCAACGUGUCCCUGUGGUUGUCUGCUGUAAGCCAGUAUAAAGUGCGUGUCACCUUCUGCUCUUAUUCAGUGAUGGAGAUGUGCACCAGGGGGCUUGGGACACAGACUGAUAUGCUGCGGAUGAAAGGAGUUAACCUGUCCUGUGUGCGAACGUGCAUGGUGGUUGCAGAGGAGAGACCAAGGAUUACAUUAACACAGUCUUUCUCAAAGUUGUUUAAAGACUUGGGCCUCUCUGCUCGGGCAGUGAGCACUACGUUUGGGUGCCGGGUCAAUGUAGCAAUUUGCUUACAGCCAAACAGGCUGGGCAAGCUGGCUGAACAGGGAACAGCAGGACCAGAUCCAACAACAGUCUAUGUAGAUAUGAGAGCACUUCGACAUGACAGGGUACGCUUGGUAGAGAGAGGCUCUCCACACAGCCUGCCGCUUAUGGAGUCUGGGAAGAUUCUUCCAGGAGUAAAAGUUAUCAUAGCGCACACAGAAACCAAGGGACCUCUGGGAGACUCACAUUUAGGAGAGAUAUGGGUGAGUAGUCCACAUAAUGCUACGGGUUACUACACCGUGUAUGGAGAGGAGGCACUGCACGCUGAUCACUUUACUGCCCGCUUGAGUUUCGGAGACACUCAGACCGUGUGGGCACGGACUGGGUACCUUGGCUUUCUGCGCAGAACAGAACUUACUGAUGCUAGUGGAGAGCGGCACGAUGCCCUGUACGUGGUAGGCUCUUUGGAUGAAACACUGGAGCUCAGAGGAAUGAGGUAUCAUCCCAUUGAUAUAGAGACCUCUGUAAUAAGAGCACAUAAGAGCAUUGCAGAAUGUGCUGUAUUUACAUGGACCAACCUGCUUGUGGUGGUUGUGGAACUGGAAGGCUCCGAGCAAGAAGCAUUGGACUUGGUUGCACUGGUGACAAAUGUGGUCCUCGAAGAGCAUUAUCUUAUAGUCGGUGUUGUAGUCAUUGUGGACCCUGGUGUUAUUCCUAUCAAUUCCCGUGGGGAAAAGCAGCGAAUGCACUUGAGAGAUGGAUUCUUGGCUGACCAGCUGGAUCCUAUUUACGUUGCCUACAACAUGUGAAAACACAAAAUCGCACCAAGGCUAAAGCACCAAAUCUAGAGACUUUCUGAAUAGCAUCUGAAUCAGUUUGUGUUUUUAAAAGCUUUUGAAGACCGCAGGAAAAUGGAGAUAUUCACCUUCACGAACCUUCAUCUCUCAGACUGUGUUUGCUUUCGUAAAUCCAUUGCAACAGUUACAGCUGUCUUAGGAUGGAGAAUUUACUGGAAUUCCUGAAGGAAAUUGAGCAGAACUAUCAUGGACCAAUUUUUUUACAAUAAUUAUGAAUGUCAAUACCUUGAUGCACUGCAUAAAAGGACAAAAAGUGGGGUGGGGAGAGAGCACCAGCUGUGAGGAGGACUCUUGCAAGUAAUACUGAAAGUUGUGGGUAGCCAUUUGGAGCUAACUCUCCAUGUGCUUGUCUGCCAUAUAUUGGUGGUAACUGUGCUGGCACAUAACUUUCAAGAUUGCACGCAUCUCUGCCAGAUUCUCUACUGUACUGAAAGGAAUUUGCACAUACUUGAGGUUUAAAAAAUGCAGCGUUUAAUUUUAAAUCACUGACUCAUCCUCAUUCAGAAGGAAACAAUUCAUUCCAAUCCUGGAUUCAAUAUUGCAACAAUUAUGCUGCUGUUCAGCCUUUUCGUACCAAGCAAAAACAAAUACUGCAUCUGUAACACGGUUACUUACAGUGCCAUGCUGGACUCUGUCAUGCUAUAAACUUUGUAAGAAAAUAUAAAUAUCUAGUUUUAACUACUUGAUGCAGGAGGCUUAUAUGUUCUUGCUCUCAUAACUUCAUGUUAAAUAGUAAAGUUGCUUGUUUUCAUAGCAUUAAGCUGUUAAUUACUGCCCUACGUAAAGCCAAGUUUUUCAAAACUUCAUUCCAAAGUCAAUAGUCUCUGAAUCACUGGUAGAACUGUCUACAAAGCAUGAUCUUGCAAUAUGUUUUCCCUGAAUAUCCUGUGCUAAAACCUAUAUAAUAGUGACUUUUUCCACCAUGGAAAAGAUAUUCAGUGUUAGUGUUAGCUGGAUUUGCUGUGGUACAAACUUUCAUCUUUUAGUUGUAUGUAGAUAGAGUUUUUAUUCAAGCUGAAAUUGGUAGAGUCACCUUUGACUAAUUAAGCUUUUGAAAUUUCUGCCUGAUCUUACACUACAGUAAACCUAAUUCAGAAAGAGAAUAUGAAAUUAUUCAAUUACUACUUGUGUUUGAAAAGAAGCACGAGUCUAGCAAAUAACUAUUUUUAUAGAGCUAAUAAAGAGUUUAAGCUAUUUGAUUUUUUUUUAAUAAUAAUGCAUGAAUUUGGCAAAACAGCCACCUUUUUUUGCAAGGCAAUUCUGCCUGGAUCAGUGCCUAAGAAAGAUGGAUGUUAGUCCCAUGAGAGGAGGACAUCAAAUGGCUCUUGCUCAAAUAAACUAUCUUCAACAGCAGCAACAAAAAAGCUUUCAUAUAUAGUAAUUCUUUGCCCUCAUGGUGUUUAACUGUGGUGUAUUAUACAGCUACGUAUCUUGAAACUCUUCACUGUAAUUAUGUACAGAACUUGUGUAACUUAUUGUUUUAAGUACAGUGACCUUAAGCAGUGGACUACAAGACACUCCUCAGAACAGCUGGCAAAAGGAAAGAGCUACCUAACCCCAAUUUUAAUGUUGUAGUUUUUUUAGCGAAUAAAGCAUUGUACUU